UCAAGGGCAUUUAAUUAGCAGCACCUGGCUGCUACUUACCCUGUCAAUUCCAACAUCAGAAAUAAUAAUAAUGAUAAUAAUAAUACGUUUAUAACUGAACUGACUUGAACCGGACCAUGCUAUCGGUCGAAGCUACGGGCGGUGUACUGAGCCUCCCUGAAACUUUCCUGUCUGGGGAAGUUGGACACUUGUCGACCUCUGGCGUCAAAACUUCGUUAGGAGGAUUUUCCUCCUGCAACUUGACACGGCUGCCACGUAGCUCCAACUUCCUGAACUUCCAGCAGUUUUCUAGGAGCAUCUUUAGCUGUUUAUCCCCUCUGCUGCUCACGGGGAUGUCUUCUAAGAAACCAAACCGGUCCUGCACAGCGUGACUGAAAUGUGUAAAUAACAGGACAGAGGCAAUGGGUCUCUCCAUUCUUCUACUGGCCAGUGUGGUGUCCACUCUGGGUGGCCUGGUGUUUGGUUAUGAGUUGGGCAUCAUCUCAGGUGCUUUGUUGCAGAUGAAGGCAGAAUUCAGGCUCUCGUGUUUCCAGCAGGAGGCUCUGGUCAGCUCAUUGUUGAUAGGAGCUCUACUAGCCUCCAUUGUGGGUGGCUGCUUGAUUGACCGCCAUGGCCGCAGGAAUACCAUCCUCCUCAGCAACAUCCUGAUUCUGACCGGCAGUCUUAUCCUGCUCAUUAGCUCGUACCCUGCGCUAGUGGUUGGCAGGGUCACAGUAGGCUUUGCCAUAUGUAUCUCCUCCAUGUCCUGCUGCAUCUAUGUGUCUGAGAUAGUUACCCCGGAUCAUAGGGGCUUCCUAGUAACACUGUAUGAAUCUGGGAUCACUGUGGGCAUCCUGGCAGCUUAUGCCAUCAACUACAUCCUAUCUGACUCCAGGAGAGGGUGGAAGUGGAUGUUUGGAUUUGCUAUAGUCCCGACUUUGGUUCAGCUUGUCUCUAUUUUGUUUCUUCCAUCCAGCACAACGGAAUCUUUAAGAUACAAUUGCUGUCAGGCUGAAAGAGAUCUCUUGAGCCCCACUGAAACCCAAGAAGGAGAUGACUCAAAAGUCAGUUCCAGCAAAGACAACGAGAAGGUUCAGUAUGACAGCAUGUACCUGUUCCAGCGUAAAGACAAUAUGAGGACUCGGACUGUCAUUGGGCUUGGAUUGGUGCUCUUUCAGCAGUUCACAGGUCAGCCAAACGUUCUCUUCUAUGCCUCCACCAUCUUCCACUCAGUGGGGUUUCAGAGCAAUUCCUCAGCAGUGCUGGCUUCUGUGGGCUUGGGUCUGGUCAAAGUCAUCGCUACUGUGACCUCGAUGGUGUUUUCAGAUAGGGCCGGCAGGAGGCCCCUGCUCAUCAGUGGAUGUUCUGUUAUGGCGCUGUGUCUGAUAAUCAUUGGACUCCUUAGUGAACAUUCAGUGACGAAUGCUAAGAGGUCUUGUAAUUCUGAAGAUUUUAACAUUAACAUAACAGAUCUACCUCUUUUAACUCCUGGUAAUAAGUCAGUUUUUGAUAUGCCUCUUGGUGAGAAGAACAUUGAUAACAAAACCCAAGAUGAAAAUUUUGUAUUUGAUAAAGUUGGACAUAAUCCACUGGAACCUGUUCCAGAGUCUUCUUCAAGCAUCUAUGGACCAGCUGUGAACUGGAUCAUCCUCCUGUGUAUGAUGGCUGUUGUCAGUGCAUACUCCGUUGGAUUUGGACCAAUGACCUGGCUUCUUCUGAGUGAAAUAUUUCCUGCUGCUGUCAGAGGAAGGGCAUUCGCAUUCACCAACUGCUUUAACUGGGCUGCCAACCUGUUGGUCACAUUCACUUUCUUGAAUGCUGUUGAUAUGAUUGGUCUGUCGAGGAUAUUUCUCUUGUAUGGGAUGACCGCUGUGGCAGCUGGAAUUUUCUUUUAUUUCAUGCUACCAGAGACCAAAGGAAAGACUCUGGAGGAGAUAGACAAGGAGCUGCGUUGGAACAGGUUUUACCACAAAGGAGAGUGCUGUGGCUGCAUCAGGUGGAGAAAAACUUUCCCACAGUACCAAAGGGUGCACUGUCAAAUUAGUACCUCAGGGUGAAUACUUUUAAACUGCCAACAGACCAGGUAUCACCAAGGUGUAUAUUACACACACUGAAGACUCAAAGAGAACAACAUGAUUCCUCCCACUCUUAACUGGAACAAAAUCAUGAUCUGUUUAUGACUGACGGUAGAUAUUGUUCUGUUGCACUUGAUAUUGAAAUCUAUGUGUGGAAUCUUAAUAAAACUUUGUCUAUAGA